CCAGCUCUGUGUCACUCAAUGACACCAUCAUGAGAUGCUCAUGGUUGUUGAUUUUGGGCCUUGUCCUAAAUGUUGCUCAUUGCUUGGAAAUUCUGGGUCUGGAAAGAGAUCCGAACCUCGAGGUUUCCCGCAACGUCACGGCAGUCCUGGGCGAAGACGUGUAUCUGAGCUGCAGGUAUCUGGGUGAGAGUCAGAUCCAGAGCGCCGUGUGGAAACGCCGCAGUAACUCUCAAAGUAAAUCAAAGCGCCUGGCGGGGUUUUCACAAGGCCAAGCUUUUGGCCGGGACGAGUUCUCGACCCCACACUCUCUCACCAACCUCACAGUCAAGGUGAACGUGUCCCGCGUGGAAAUGGAGGGAGAGUACGUCUGUGAGUUUGAAUCAGAGGAAGAGGAUUUCUUUGCAAGUGUUUUUGUCACUGUAGUAGCUCGGCCUCAUAUUCAGAUCCUGGUGGAUGCAGAGACCAUAAAUGACACUCACUACCAGGUUGUGUCGUGCUCUGCUGUCGGUUGUAGACCAAUCCCUCAGAUCAGCUGGCUGGUCGGCGGGCUUUCUCCCUCAGAUCAUUUCUUCACUGUGAACGUGACUGAAACUCAUUCAAACGGUACCUCCACCCUCAGCAGCAUCCUCAGCUUCCCCACCCGCCUGCAGGAUGAAAACAUCGUGACCUGCGUGGUCCAACACCCGACCCUCCCGCAGCCCGAGCUCACCACAGCCGUGGUGGAAACAUAUACGAGGCCAAAUGUGACCAUUAAAGCAGAGAUGGUACAACAAGGAGGAAAUGAUUCCUGGGUGGUCUCUUGCAUUUCGUCUGGAGGGAGACCUGACACUGACAUCUCUUUGGCUUUGAACACGACUGAGGAGCUGCAGAGGGAGAACGACAAAGACUCAGACACGCAAAAAGUGUCGGUUCAUCUCCCUGUAACUGAGUUUCAGGGCCACAACAUCGCCUGUGUGUUUGAACACCCAAAAUUUACACAAAAGGAGUCCCGAUUCUUAACUCUCCCAACUUUCUAUUUGUCUAGAGUUCAGUUAAACUCCGAGCUGGGAAACAUCCGUGACGACUUCCAAGCCACUGAAUAUUUAGAGCUGCAGGAAGGAGAGAGUAACUCCAUUAUCCACCUGAAUGUCACAGGGAACGUGCCACGUUACAAUGUUAUCUGCAACAAAGAUGACGGGCCCUUGCCUGAUGGUGUGGAGCUGGUUAACAGGAGCCUCAUAGUUCAGGGUCCUGUGGAGCAUCAGCAUGCUGGUCUGUAUGAAUGUGUCAUCUCUUAUCAGCAUCUUAAAGUGUCGCUGCGGUUAAACGUCACCAUUAAAGCUCCAGUUAUACAGUCUGUUCCUCCCACAAUACGGGUUGAUUUGUGGACCGAAGAUGGACGCCGGGUGAUUGAGUGCUCAGCAGCUGAUGCUGUUCCUGCAGCCAACGUGUCCUGGCUCCUACCAGAGGGUGUGUCAGAGGAUUUUUGGUUCGAUUCCACUUCUCAGAAUGGAAGCCACUCUGUCAGGGGAGUUUUACUCCUCCCUGCCUGCUCGCCUCAGGAGCUCACUGCAGAGUGUAUGAUAAAUCAUCCAACAUUUGAGGAACCAGAGAACAGAAGCAUAAUACUCCCUCUUUGCGCUCCUCCCAACAUCACCGUCAGCGCCAGCUCUGAGUGGACAGACGGUCACAAAUACACAAAGGUGGACUGCUCUGCAGACAGUGCUGCUCCUGCUGCAGCUAUAACCUGGCAGGUUGGAAACUCUGACAGCAACAUCAGCCAUGUGACGGAGGCUGAAGUCCAGGCUGAUGGUUUGGUAUCGGCCCGCAGCUCUGUGCACUUUAUGACUUCUCUGUAUGCUGGUCAGAAUCUGACAUGCAUAGUGAAGCAUCCGAGCCUGCAAGCACCAGAAACAAGAACAAUACCCAUUCCUGUGCACAAAGCCCCUCUGCUGAGUGUGUCGCUGGUGAGAAAGCAAGACUCUCCUCUGUGGUUGGCAGUGUGUCGCUGCAGAGGGGUGUGUGUCAGGAAAAACCUCGCCUGGGUCCUUCCUGAAAAUGCCAAAAGUCAAACGCCCUUGCAGUCAGAAUAUGAAGGGCACAUGGAAGCCAGGCUGACUUAUCAGUUUCCUUUGGCCCUUCAUGAAGGUCAGGACCUGACCUGUGUGUACCAGUUUCAAAAUGGGAUCACAGAGAAGAAGACCUUUCAUGUCCCCAGAUACUAUAUCGCCUCUGUGAGGGUCCUGAACCACACGACUCCUCUGCAGAGCCGCUACGAUCCUCAGCCUGUUGUCCACAGACUGUCUGUCCACGAGAAUCAUCAGAACCAGAAAAUACUGCUCCACGUUGAAGGCAACGUGCCGGAGUAUGAGCUCAGCUGUAAAAGGAGUGAUGGUUCAUUGGUCCCAAUGGAAGGAGCUGCAAUGAUCCUCCAGUCAGAGCUCACAGAUAAAGUCCUGUACACCUGCUGGGCGUCUUUCUAUCACCACACAGCAGCAGUCAACAUACAAGUAGAGGUGAUAAAUGAGGGCGAACAGUUUGCACUGGUAACAAUGAUCUGCAUCUCCUCGGCAUCCGCCAUCCUCCUCAUCCUCGCCGUCACCCUCUGCGUGUUCUGCAAAAUAAACAGCAGGACUGACUACAAGAAGCGAGAGUCUGUCUCGGCCUUGACAGCUCUGAUGCAGGAACCCACCUAUCCGGAGGUGAAGAAACCAGCAGCGACAGAAAAGGACAGUAAAGAAUACGCUCAGCUGGUCAGUUACUCCAUCGUCAUUGACGUCAAGAGUACAGUGUGAAGAUAAAGACGCUUUGUUUACCACUUUCAGCUUACAUUGUGCACAAACCAUAGAUGUGAAGGCUUUCUGGAACUGCAGCAAAGUUGAUGAUUUCAGUGUCUUUUUAUGUGACUGUAGCAUUUAAAGUGAAACUGUAUGAAUACUGAAAUGUGAGUUUUUAAUUAGAUUGGCAUUAAUGAUUUUAAAAGCAGAAAUUUUGCACUUUUUUCUCCUACUUGAAUUUUUCAUUGUGUCAAACACACUGUAUUUUCAGGGAUUUUUUUUUGUGUAUUGCUCAAUAAAACCAUUCAAAUGUA